AUGAUGAUGAAUACAGCAGCAGCAACAGCUGGAUGGGCUUACUUUGAUCCUGAUUUUGAUGGCCUCUCGGAAAGACUCUAUGGUCCUGCAUGCAGAGUUACUAUUGACAAUGAAAGCUUGGGUGAUUGCACCAUGAUUAAGAUAGAUUGUGUGAAGAAGCAAGGGUUGUUGCUGGAGGUGGUGCAAGUUCUAACUGAUAUGAACCUCACCAUUUUGAAAGGCUACAUUUCUUCCGAUGCUGGUUGGUUCAUGGACGUUUUCCAUGUGAAAGACGAAAAUGGGAAAAAAGUUACCAAUCAGAAUGUCAUCAACUAUAUCCAAAAGGCACUUGGUGCAAGUAAGGAAACAGCAAAAGCAAAGUUGUUGGUUGAUGAUGAUAGGGUUUCCUCAUCAAAUAUCCAAAAUGGAACUCCCAAAUCCCCCAACAAUGAUCAACAACAACCACAACAACAGCCGCCCAGAGCCAUCGAGAUGACCGGAAGAGACAGGCCGGGGCUGUUGUCGGAGAUUUCAGCUGCACUGGCGGACCUUCACAUCAACGUGGUGGAAGCCCAUGCUUGGUCCCACAACGCUCGGUUGGCAUGCAUCGCCUACAUAUCCGACCAACACCAAGGCUCCCCAAUCGAUAACCACCGCCUCGCCGCCAUCGAGCACCACCUCACCACCGUCCUCCGCGCCACCACCAUCCGGAACACCGCCGUGGAGGACACCUGCACCAUCCAUCACCAGCAACCCGAUCCCCCAGCCACCGCCGCAACCGACCCGGUGGUGGUGACCGACGUCGAAAGGCGUUUGCAUCAGCUCAUGCUAUCGGUACGGGACUUCGACCGUCCUAAUAAUAAUUCUGCUUCUUCCAGCUCCAGGACAUCAUCAUCGUCGUCGUCGUGGAUGGCGGCGGCGAUUCCGAUGUCGUCGUCGUCGUCAAGAAAUGAUGAUCAGUACGCUGAUGAUGAAGAGGAGGGAGAGGAGGGGGAGGAGGUGUUCGUGGAGAGCUGCAAGGAGAAGGGGUAUUCCAUAGUGACGGUGAGCUGUAAAGAUCGGCGGCGGCUCAUGUUCGACACCGUCUGCACCCUCACCGACAUGCACUACGUCAUCUUCCACGCUUCCGUGGACUCCCGGGACGGAUUCGCAUUCCAGGAGUAUUUCAUCCGCCACGCCGACGGCUGCCCACUCAACACUCACGCCGAGAAGCACCGGGUGAAGAAAUGCCUGAAGGCCGCCAUACAACGCCGGGUCUGCGAGGGGGUUCGGUUGGAGCUGUGGGCGACCAACCGGGUGGGGCUGCUGUCGGACAUAACCCGGGUACUCAGGGAAAACGGGCUGGCGGUGGUCAGGGCGGACGUGGAAACCCAAGGGGAGAAGGCGGUCAACGCAUUCUACGUCAGGGAUAUGUCGGGCAGCAACGACGUGGAUGUGGAAUUCAUGCUCAGCUCAAUGCGCUCCCAAAUGGGGGGUCCCCACAACAACUCCAUCUUACAUCUUGCCGUCAAACAUGAAUCCACCUCAACCUGCUCCGCCAGCAGUAGCAGUUCCGGCUCACCUGAUCAUCAUCAACACCAAAGGCCUCGCUUCUCCAUCAGUGAUGUCUUGAAAUCCCACAUCGGACGCUUCUCCCACAACUUUGUCGCCAUCACCUAG